AUUUCCAGGGGGGUGAUUGUUGUUUUGUUUUAGUUUUUUUUUUAUUUACCCCACCCCCCUCCAAGGACUUUUAAUUUUUUUUCCUCCUCAAUAUCGUCUUUCUUCCUGUGAGAUCUGAUAUCUCUUGGAGGGUUUGUUUGGGGGUUUUAUAUUUUUUUUUCGCCUUUCAGACCAUGAACAAACUAUAUGUUGGGAAUUUAAGUCCUUCGGUCACUGUCGAGGACUUGAAGCAGCUCUUCGGGGAGAGGAAGCUGCCAGUGGCCGAUGAGGUGCUGCUGAAAUCCGGCUAUGCUUUUGUGGACUUCCCCGAUCAGAACUGGGCCAUAAAGGCGAUUGAGGCUCUUCAUGGUAAAGCGGAAUUACACGGAAAGGUGAUAGAGGUAGACUACUCCGUGCCCAAAAAGAUGAGGAGUCGGAAGAUCCAGAUCCGGAACAUUCCCCCUCAUCUACAGUGGGAGGUUUUGGACGGCCUUCUAGCUCAGUAUGGAACUGUAGAAAACGUGGAACAAGUGAACACUGACACAGAAACAGCAGUGGUGAAUGUUACGUACGCAACCAAGGAGGAAGCUAAAUUAGCCAUUGAAAAGUUGACUGGACACCAGUUUGAGGACUACGCCUUCAAGGUGUCAUAUAUUCUGGACAUGGAUGCUGUUCCACCCGUACAGCCCCCUAGACCGCGGCGCAGCGGACGAUCCUCUCGGUACCAGGGCACCUGUCAGCCUGGGCCCUCAAGUGGCCUCACCGGUCCACGGCCGAGGCAACAUGACUUUCCCUUGCGCAUCCUCGUACCUACUCAGUUUGUAGGAGCCAUCAUCGGCAAGGAAGGCCUCACCAUCAAGAAUGUCACCAAGCAGACACAGUCCAAGGUGGACAUUCAUCGUAAAGAAAAUGCAGGCGCAGCAGAAAAGCCUAUCACCAUCCACUCCACUCCCGAGGGCUGCUCUUCUGCCUGUCGAAUGAUCCUAGACAUCAUGCAGAAGGAGGCCAACGAGACCAAGACGACGGAGGAAGUCACUUUGAAAAUCCUGGCCCACAACAGCCUGGUGGGCCGGCUGAUUGGAAAGGAGGGACGCAACCUGAAGAAGAUCGAGGAGGAGACAGGGACCAAGAUUACCAUCUCCUCGGUGUAUGACGUAACCAUUUACAACAGUGAGAGGACCGUCACGGUGAAGGGCAGCAUGGAGGCGUGUUGUAAUGCCGAGGUGGAGAUCACGAAGAAAUUGAGAGAAGCCCACGAGAAUGACAUUGUUGCUAUGAACCAACAAGCCAAUCUUUUCCCAACCUUGAGUGCUUUGGGCAUCUUCUCCUCGGGUCUGCCGGUGCUGCCCCCUGCUGCUGGACCACGUGGUACAGUGCCCCCUGUGGCGGCAGCAGGAUACAACCCAUUCUUACAACAGGCUCCAGAACAGGAGGUCGCCUACCUCUUUAUUCCAACUCAGGCAGUUGGAGCCCUCAUCGGCAAGAAGGGUCAACACAUCAAGCAACUUGCCCACUUCGCCGGAGCUUCGAUCAAGAUCGCCCCAGCAGAGAGCCCAGAUGUUACUGAGAGGAUGGUUACCAUUACAGGAACCCCAGAGGCCCAGUUUAAGGCCCAAGGUCGAAUAUUUGGGAAACUGAAAGAAGAGAACUUCUUCUCACCAAAGGAGGAGGUCAAACUGGAGACACAUAUCAAGGUUCCGUCAAGUGCAGCUGGCAGAGUCAUCGGUAAAGGUGGAAAGACGGUGAACGAGCUGCAGAACCUUACGAGCGCUGAGGUCAUCGUACCGCGGGACCAAAUUCCAGAUGAGAACGAUGAGGUCUUUGUGAAAAUCAGCGGGCAUUUCUUUGCCAGCCAGACUGCACAGAGGAAGAUCCGGGAGAUCAUUCAGCAGGUCAAACUGCAGGAACAGAAGCACCAGCAGGGCGCCACCGUGCCACCGCACCACCACAAGUGACCAGCGGCGUGGCUCCAGAAGGCGCCGGCCAAUGAAUGUAGCCCUCCCAAACAGACAGAGACCUAUCCGGACAAAGGCCAUGGGGGACGUGCAGGGCAGACCAGCAGCACCGGGAUCAAAACCAAAGAACUUCACACGGGGGAAAAGAAGUGAGAGCCAAAGGCUGAGGGCAUUGUGUGCACUGCCAGCCCUGCAAGGGCAGAUCGGGUGGGAGAAUCCAAACUGAUAUAUAAAAAAAAGACCAAAAAAAAAAAAGCAAGAAGGGUGGAAAAUGGAUGUUUUCUCCACAUUUAACAAGGUAAAACAGGAUGUCACCCUGCAUAACGUUAUCUCUUUAGUUGGACUAACAUAGGCCUAACAAACAGAUAAAGCUGACUGAAUUCUGAAUUAACAUGAGGAAUAGAGUGAUGUUUUUGAAUUAGAACGAGAGCAAACGGAAAUGGACAUUUCAAGAGUUUGUGAUACUCAGAUUGGAUGAGUAAGUAUUCUUAGCAGUAUUAAUACAGAGUAGAAAAACCCAUUAACACACACUGAUGCUUGGUGUAGCUUUGAAUAUUUUUGUUAGGUCCAGACAUCGAUUGGGCCGCGCAACGUAGUUUUCCCCUCGGCUUUUCACAUUUCAGGCCACUGAAAUCAAAACUCCUAUAAGUACAGCUCAUGAAUGGUUCUGAGUCUGUGUGACAAGCCUGUGUGUGUGCCAACGCAAAAGAUAACGUCCCGUUGCAAAGUUUCUCACUGUUCACAUCAAAUGCAAUGCUUU